AUGAUAGUGCGCCAGUUGUGGAGAGAGAUAGUGGAUGAUCUAUUGCGCAUGGCGUUGCUGCUUCAUGACGAUGAGCGAGCUGGAUUGCGUACCGAUGGAGCGGCCAACUGCAGCUGUUCGGCCCCAGUGUUGGGCAUUGGUAUAUUACUGCUUCUCCAUAACAUCUGGAGCUGCUUUAGUAUACUUCUCUGUACAUAUCUUGACUGGAUUUCAAAGGGUUGA